ACAAACAAUAUGAUAUAUAUACGUAAUAAAUUGUCGUUCAGAAGAUUUGGUAAUUAUAAUAUAAGGCAGUUUCUAUUUGAUAAGUUGUCAUUCAAAUUGUAGGACAUAAAACAUACAGCUGGAAUUUGAAAAUGAAAUUACUUGUGUUGUUUGCGCUAUGCGCCCUAGUAGCGGCGAGCGCAGCUGCUCCGAGAUCCGAAAAUCAUGAGGUUUUAGUCUAUGAUUUACCAAGGGACAUCGUUCCCGAACAACGUAAUUUCUUACUAAAUGUACUCAUCCGUCAGCUGUUCAAUUUUAUUCGGGAUAUCAUUCAAAACGGAUCAUGGCUCAUAGGCAUUCCACCACUGGACCCUCUCAAAUUGGAGAGUUUUCACCUAGUUGUACCAGCUGGACUUAUUAAUCUUGAUUUGGAGCUUAAGAAUAUUUUGAUGAAAGGCCUAGGAGGAUUUGUAGUUCACAAAAGCGAUCUUUCAACUCGCGACCUGGUUUUUGAUCUCGACAUUGCGUUUCCUAAAAUAGACAUCAGCACUGAGGUGUACGAUCUCACAGGCGACCUAUUGACUGCUAUCCCUAUUUUUGGAAAUGGAAGGGCCAGAUUCUUCGUUGACAAAUUUCGACUUAGGGCCAAAUUAUAUAUUAAGCCAUCCGACGACGAAAAAGCAGUUAUUAUUGACAAAAUAGAAGAUGUAUCUUUUGAUCUUCCAACAAUAAAGUCUGAAAUUGAAGGAGCUAUUGGCGGUGGUGAUAUUGACAAUAUUGUUAACGCGAUCGUUGAAGACGUGGUGAUAGACUAUGUGAAUAGAUUCCGUGGUGCAAUUUCCAAAAUCGGCGCGGGAGCCGUUAUCACUGUAUUGAACCCGAUUUUAGAGAAACUUGACACCUGGCGUUACCUUAAACCGUUCCUAUGAAGAUAUGAAAUCUAUAAUAAAUAAAUAUUUUUGAAUAAACAACGUCUUUUUUAAUAUAUACGUUGUAUAAUAAAGAUGAUAUUCAUUUGA